CUGGAUCAUCGUCUUAUCUGUCGCGGUCCUCAUCUGACUGCAAGUCUGUUGACAUUUGUGUGAGCGACUGGAUCGUCAGCAGAGAUGUUGAAGCUGCCGGCCAUGAAUCUCCUCCUUGUCACAUCCUUUGCCUGUCUGCUGCUACACCUGUGUGGCGCCCAAACAUGUCCUGAUGGUUGGAGGAAUUUUGAGAAGUCGUGUUAUCUGUAUGUAGAUGAACACUGCAACUGGCUGGACGCAAAGGCCAUCUGUGAGGCGCUUCGUUCAAGCCUGGUGGAAAUAAGUUCAUCUGAAGAAAACAGUUUUGUAGCCAGCAUCGUGCAACUGCACAACGACAGAAGCGUCUGGUGUGGCCUACAGGACCUUGCUGAAGACGGUCACUUUGUGUGGACGUCGUCGCUGGAGAAGCCAGACUACAUCAACUGGGUGCCCGACCAGCCUGAUGAAGAUGGAGGUAACGAGGACUGUGUGGAGGUCUUGAAUAACGGCCAGUGGAACGAUGAACAGUGUGUGGACUACAGGAGUUAUCCUUUGUGUGAACAGCCCGCCGUGGGGGAGCCCAUUGGGUGAGUGCAACAUUGCAGCCACAGAAUGCAGGGAGCAGCACAGGUCCCUCUCCUCCUCCUCCUGCAUCUCUCCACUCCGACAACACCAUUGCGGCCUCACCAACAACCAGCCAUCGCCAAUAUUUUCACCUCAUCCCGGCGUGGAAUGGUAAUAAAGAAAUAAAACUGUCGUGUUUAA